AAAAUCAAGGUGGGGCAAAAACUUGAAUUUUUCAGAAGGGGAAAAGGAGUGAGGCAGUCUGAAGUAGACUCAAAUUGUUCUGAAUCGCAUUUUAUUUAAUCUCUGGGUUCGUUUAACCAAUUUGAGUUAUCGCGUUUUGUUUCUCGCUCACUCGACUCUACAGAGGGACCAUCGAGACUGCAGCAAUGCGUUUUUAGAAACGUACAACAACAACCUUAUCAUUUGAAGCGACUUUUCCAAGUGAUGUUGACAGGAGACUGAGCAACAACAGUCUUGGCUGGUUUUAUUGAGAUACUUUUGGACUGCUGACGUUUUGGGCCACCUGAGGCAGAUUGCACUUCCUCAUCGGGGACUUGUGUUUUUGCGCCUCGACAUCAACUGUCACUAUUUCGUGAAUGGGAAUUUGUCUUCUGUCGCUCAGAGGACGGGAGCAGAAUCACCUGUUAUUGCCUCAAACAGGUACUGUAUGUGUGUAUGUGUGUAUGCGUCUGUGUGUGUGUGCGUGUGUGCCUAUCAGCUCUAAUGGUAGCAGCUAGAAGACAUCCCCUGUGAGAGGAUUGAACCACCUCACCAUGACAGAGGUCCAGACUCCAUGGCCACAGGGCACAGAGUGUGUGGCCAGGUAUAACUUCAAAGGCACAUCAGAGCAGGACCUGCCCUUCAAUAAAGGAGAUGUGUUGACGAUUAUUACUGUAACAAAGGAUCCAAACUGGUACAAAGCAAAAAAUUCCUCAGGUCGCGAGGGAACAAUUCCAGCCAACUAUGUUCAGAAAAGAGAAGGAGUGAAAUUUGGAGGGAAGCUGAGUCUAAUGCCAUGGUUUCAUGGGAAGAUCACGCGGGAUCAGGCCGAGCUGUUGCUUCACCCUCAUGAAACGGGCCUGUUCUUGGUGCGAGAGAGCACCAACUUUCCCGGCGACUACACCCUGUGUGUGAGCUGCGACGGCAAGGUGGAGCACUACCGCAUCAUCUACACCAACGGCAAGCUCAGUAUUGAUGACGAGGGGUACUUUGAAAACCUCAUGCAGCUGGUAGAGCACUACACCAAAGAUGCAGAUGGCCUGUGCACCAAACUAAUAAAGCCAAAAGUGGAGGAGGGGACGGUGGCUGCUCAGGAUGAGUUUUCCAGGGGUGGCUGGUCGAUGAGCAGGAAAGACCUCAAGCUGCAGCAGGUUAUUGGAAAAGGAGAGUUUGGAGAUGUCAUGGUGGGAGACUAUAGAGGGACUAAAGUAGCUGUGAAGUGCAUAAAGCAUGACGCCACAGCGCAGGCCUUCAUUGCAGAGGCUUCCGUCAUGACGCAACUGCGGCACGAUAACCUGGUGCAGCUGCUUGGAGUGAUUGUAGAGGAGAACGGGAGUCUGUUUAUAGUGACUGAGUACAUGGCCAAGGGCUGUUUGGUUGACUACUUGCGUUCUAGAGGCCGGACAGUACUUGGUGGAGAGGCUCUCCUUCAUUUUGCACUAGAUGUCUGUGAAGCCAUGGAGUACCUGGAAAUACAUAACUUUAUCCACCGAGACUUAGCAGCCCGCAAUGUGCUCGUAUCAGAAGACAACAUGGCCAAAGUCAGUGACUUCGGUCUGACCAAGGAGGCCUCUUCCACUCAGGACACCGCGAAGCUGCCUGUGAAGUGGACAUCGCCAGAGGCCCUCAGAGAAAAGAAAUUUUCCACCAAAUCAGAUGUUUGGAGCUAUGGUAUUUUGCUUUGGGAGAUUUACUCUUUUGGUCGAGUGCCUUACCCGAGAAUUCCAUUAAAGGACGUUGUGCCUCGAGUGGAGAAGGGUUACAAAAUGGACUGUCCAGAAGGCUGUCCUGAGGUGGUGUACAACGUCAUGAAACAGUGCUGGAACCUGGAUCCUGCUGCCCGACCAAGCUUUAAAAUGUUGAAGGAGUGGCUCCAACAUAUCAUCCAAGGGAUGAUAAAAAAACAAUGAGACAUCUCACAGAACAGACACAAAAAGUGACUUUGCUCUUCUUUCAUUUCAACCACCUGGACCAUAACCUAAGAGGAAUUAUAUAUUUUCAAAAGACUGCUCUUCCAAAGCCAAAGUUUAUGACAAUGUUUGCUUUCACACAUUGUCCAUGAACCGUUAAGUACAACUGUCGACAUUAUGCUUCUCAGCAUCAUCCCUCACCUCAGGUUGUUUAAACUGCAGCGACUCUUAUUUAGUGGCUGGGUCGCUCGAGUGAGUCUUUCUGUGCUCGGUUAUCGGCGAGUCUUUCCUUACACCACUGCCUCCCAGCCACAGUGCCUUGACCUUUUUUAGAAAUAUUUCAUGUCUUUUAUUUUGAUAUCCUUGGCUAUUUUGGUGGCAUCAUUACGUUUCAUGAACAUGUAGAGUAGCCUGUGACAUAAUUUGACUGAGUUAACUGAAUCCAUGGUAUCCGUUUAAACAGGAGAGACGCUUCAAACGUAGGAAUACAGUUGUGAUACAUAAUUUGUCGCUGUAUUAUUUUGACAGCUUCCAGGUACACGUUUUUAGCAUGAAUGUUGAAAUAUUUUGUUAAAAGGACUAAGUUAAAAUAACUUUGAUUAUGCAGCUUUAUUUUGUCAUUGCCAUAUGAUUUAAAAUGUCUUUGGAUCCCUCCAUAAGUCAAAAAAGGAAGCACAAGUUUUCACCUUUGCUACUGAUAUAAUAACACCAUUCAGCUCAGUCAUGAUCAUCACAUAAUUCCCAUGUACAGAAUCUUCCCUCCAAACAUCAACAAAUGUUUUGAUUUUGGAAUCUUUGGAUUUAACCAAAUGUUCUGGAUUUUCUAUGUAAUGAGAAACAGAGUGUUAAUAAUUUUACUGUGCUGCCAUUUUCAACAAUAAAAAAAAAAGAAUACAUCUUGAAAA